AUGCAGAUCGUCCGGUGGCUGUACCUCUCCGGGCUGGUGUUUGCCGUGCUGAUCCCGGCAGGGUGGCAGAUGGGCCCCGAGGACUUGGAUGACACGUCCAGAUGGCAGGCGUAUGAAUCGCAAAGCACCCAAAGCUUCACGUCCAACGCCAAGCGACACUCAGAGGGCACCUUCACCAGCGACUUCACCCGCUACCUGGACAAGAUGAAGGCCAAGGACUUUGUGCACUGGCUCAUCAACACCAAGCGGUACAGCGCCACGAAGAGGUACCUGAAGGAGGAGCCCCGCAGCAUCCCUGUCCCGGCAACAUUCCCACCACUCACGUGCCUCCUCCUAAAGUUUUCACCUGGGAUCGUGUCUCAGCUCCGUUUCCUCUGUAACCGCUCCCGCGGCGCAGCAGACCCUGCAGCUUUCCCUAAAUCGUAA